AUGGCCGAAAAUAACCGAAAGGUUCCCCUAUGCCUCGUCCCUUUUGUGUAUAUUUUUAAGGUUUUAAUCGUCCUCUUUCUCGUCCCCGGCACUGACUUGGGCGUUUUAAGGGCGGCCCGGCCGGCCGGCCUCGGGAAUGGCGCUACCACCACUCCUCACUAUACGCAUGCCGCUGCCGGAAAGGAAGAGAACAGAGAAUGGAUCUACUCUGAGGGGCGCGCUGGUACCGGCCAUACACCCAGAUCGACCAGUCGUGCUGUGCUGGCCACCAAGGUUCUCCGGAUUUGGUAUGAUAGCCUCGCCGACUUAUCACACUUACAGCACUUCACUGGGUACACCUACACCCAUGACACGUACCCUCCUCUUCAUGUGAAGAGGAGAGGGCAGGCAACCAAAACGAGCGAACGUAAAAAAGCCCCCUCCCCUUCAGAAGAAGGAGAGGGCAAACCCACAAAACACUGUUCACUCCUGCUGGGCCCUCGGUGCCACCCAGAGCCCAGCAGGAACAGCGCCGGAGACGUAACGCAAAGUAGCCCCCUCCCCUUACGAAGAAGAGAGGGCAGCAGGAGACAUAACGUAAAACAGCCCUCUCCUCUUCAAAAGAGGAGAGGGCAGGCACAAACACACGAGCGUAGGCGGGGCCAAUUCCCCAACGCAAAAAAGCCCCCUCUCCUUCGGAAGAAGGGGAGAGGGCAGGAGCGCGAGGGCGAGGGCGAGGGUGAGGGCGAGGGAGAGGCGGCGGAAUUACCCCCUCCCACACGGGGAGAGGGCGUACGAAACGUUGGCCCGUUCGUCCCAACGGGGACGAACGGGCCGGUCGAUUUUAUACAUGUCCCCUCCCCUUCAUCGGAAGGAGAGGGGACGGGACGCCGCACGCCACCAGGGCGUACCCCGGGGCCGACGGCCACCAGGGCCGCCACACAGACCACCAGGGCCACACCAAAGGCCACCAGGGCCACCAGGGCCACCAGGGCCACUACGGCCACGGCCAACCGCCAGGCCACCACACAGGCCACCAGGGCCACAACCAGGGCCACCAGGGCCACCACCACCACCAGGGCCACACCAGGGCCACCGCCAGAGCAGAAAUAUUUACCCCCUCCCACCUUGUGGUGGGAGGGGGGAGGGAUCGACCCUCCAGCACUCCAGGUGCUGGAGGCCAAGGAGGCGAUUGGAAUCCCCUCCCUUCUGUAG